CCGCAGAGAAGAAAUGGGAUCCGCGGGACGUUUGGGCUCGGCGCUGCUCGUCCUGGUCCUGCUGGAGCUUCAGCACUCGUCGGGAUUCUGGAUCAUCAAUCUGGUCUUUCCUCCCAACACCAAAACCAAUGUGACGAGCAGCAGCACCCCGCCGCUCAUCAUCGUACCAGGGAGCCUGGGGAACCGUCUGGAAGCCAAAAUAGACAAGCCCACCCUGGUUCAUUGGUUGUGCUACAAGAAAACCGAGAACUGGUUUCCUCUGUGGAUCGACCUCAACAUGUUCAUGCCGAUAGGCAUGGACUGCUGGAUCGAUAACAUAAGACUCAAUUACAACAGGACGACUCGGAGCUCCUCCAACUCACCGGGGGUGCAGGUGCGAGUGCCAGGGUUUGGGGAGACCUACUCCAUCGAGUUUCUGGACAACAACAAACUGGCUGGCUAUUUUCACUCCAUGGUGCAACAUUUGGUCAACGUAGGCUACGUCCGGAACGAGACGGUCCGCGGAGCCCCGUACGACUGGAGACUGGCACCACAUGAAAAUGCAGAGUACUUCAGGAAGCUGCAGGGCCUGGUCGAGGAGAUGUACGACCAGUACCAGAAACCCGUUUACCUGCUGGGACACAGCAUGGGCGGCCAUUACGUCCUCUACUUCCUGAAUCAACAGCCCCAGGCCUGGAAGGACAAGUACAUCAGGGGCUUCAUUUCCUUGGGCGUCCCUUGGGGGGGUGCUGUUAAAGUAAUCCGGGUCCUGGCCUCAGGUGAAAACGAUGGCAUUCCAAUGAUUUCUAACAUUAAGAUCCGUGAAAAGCAGAGGAUGGUAACAACUAAUCCCUGGAUGCUGCCAACUGAGGGCGUGUGGCCAGAGGACCACGUUUUUGUCUCCACGCCAAACCGCAACUACACUAAUCGAGACUACCGGCGCUUCUUCAUGGACAUCGACUACGAGGAUGGCUGGUACAAAUAUGAAGACACCAAGAACCUGACCAGUGCUCUCCACCCGCCUGGUGUGGAGGUGUGGUGCAUGUACGGCGUGGGGCUUCCGACUUCCGUAACUCACAUUUACAACGAGGAGUUCCCCGACGGGGACCCGGUGGACUUUGUUUAUGCGGACGGUGACGACACGGUGGACAGCUUUAGCAUGGGGCUGUGCAAAGGAUGGGAGGGGCAGCAGGAGCAACCCGUCCACGUGACAGAAUACAGAGGACUGGCCCACCUGGACAUAGUGUUCCACGAAAAGGUGCUCAAUCAAAUCCAGGAAAUCUUGGAGGGAAAAUCAGACGGUCCCAAAGAGGUCGACGUCCGGUUUGAAGAAAAAGAAUUCACAUCAGAUGCUUCAAAUACCACAAAGAGUGCUGGAUCUUUAAACAGCUGACUUUAAAGACAGAUUGCGUUUAACGCUCGAAGGCUGUGUUGUUCCUGCCUUAGGUAAU